AUGCCCCCCACAGCGGCGGCGGGCAUCGUGGUGGCUGGCGUCCUCACCGUCUGUGCUGUGCUGGGCCUGUUGUACUGGAGGCGGGUGAGGGGGCAGAGCCUCUUCACCCUCAGCAGAGAAGAGAAGAGCUGCUUUUCCCACGAGCUGACAGCUUACAGCCUGCGGCCAGCGCGUGUUCCGCCCCUCCUGACGGCCUGGUGCUCCCACUGGCCAAUCCCCGUCCACAGCUUCUGGCAGAGCUACGAGGCCAAGAGCGUGCAUGCCCACCGGGCUUUCUUCCAGGAAUUUGAGGAGCUGAAGGAGGUGGGCAAGGAACAGCCCAGACUGGAGGCCGAGCUCCCCGCCAACACCGCCAAGAACCAUUACCCACACAAGCUGCCCUAUGACCACUCCCGGGUGUGGCUGGCCCCGCUGGAGGGAGAGCCCCACUCGGACUACGUCAAUGCCAACUUCCUCCCGCCUCCGCCCCCACAGGGCUAUGCCCACUCGCAGGAGUUCAUCACCACGCAGGGGUCCCUCAAGAAGACUCUGGAGGACUUCUGGCGGCUGCUGUGGGAGCAGCAGGUCCGCAUCAUCGUCAUGCUGACCGUGGGCAUGGAGAACGGGAGGGUUCUGUGUGAGCACUACUGACCGGCCGACCCCACCCCUGUCACCCGCGGUCAUGUCACCGUCCACCUCCUGGCCAAGGAGCCCCAGGACGAGUGGACCACGUGGGAGAUCCUGCUACAGCAUGUGCGUGCCCCAGGGGAUGGGACAGGUGUGCCCGCAGCCCCUAGCUCGCUGUUGGCCUUCGUGGAGCUGGUGCAGGAGCAGGUGAGGGCCUCCCGGGGCCCUGGGCCCAUCCUGAUGCACUGCAGCGGCACCUUCGUGGCCCUGUUGAGGCUUCUGCAGCAGCUGGAGGAGGAGCGGGCGGUGGACGUGCUCAACACAGUGUACACGCUGCGGCUGCACCGGCCCCUCAUGAUUCAGACCCCUGUGAGGGCUCAAUAUGCCGGGACCCCAAGAAGCCAGUACAUCUUCCUGCACAGCUGCCUCCUGAACAAGAUUCCGGAGGGGCCCUCGGACCCCUCUGAGCUCCAGCCCAUCACCGCGGCCAGCUUCACCCAGGCGUGCGCAGAGAGGGCGGCCAACACCAACGCCGGCUUCCUGCAGGAGUACGAGCUCCUGCUCCAGGUCAUCGGGGAUGAGGCUGGCUCUCUGAUGCCCUGCCCUGGCCGUGAGCAGGACAGCACUGUCCCCUACGCCCAUCCCCAGGUGGAGGAGACCCCCUCUCACGAGAUACCGGAAGCCUGGCUCUUCCCUGGCGGGCCUUCUGGCCGAGACCACGUGGUGCUGACUGGCCCCAUGGGCCCAGAGGAGCUCUGGGAGCUGGUAUGGGAGUGUGGGGCCUGUGUGCUGGUCUCCCUGUGCCUGCCUGACGCCGGGGAGAAGGGUGAGAGCGGGCAGGAGAGGCUGGUGCAGAGCCUGCAGCUGCCGUGCUGGGAGCCGGGGCAUGCCCUCCCUGCCACCACCCUGCUGCCCUUCCUGGCCGCUGUGGGCCAGUGCUUCUCGGGGGACACGGAGAAGCCGGGCACGCUGCUCAGCCACUCCAGGUGCUGUUGGACAAGGGCCAAUUGCAGCCACGAUGCGGCCCCACUGGACACCUUCCUGGCCAUGGCCCAGCUGCUGCAGCAGGUGGGGGCUGAGGGCACAGUGGACGUCUUCAACGUGGCCCUGCAGCAGUCACAGGCCUGUGGCCUCAUGACCCCGACGCUGGAGCAGCACAUCCACCUCUUCAACUGUCUGAACCAGGCACUGCUGGACGGGCUUCCCUGAGUCUCUCAUGAGGCCGUGCAGGAGCAGAGGAGGCCUGUGCCCACCAGGCAGUGAGGGCCAGCCAGGUGGGCCGGCCAGGCUGGCCUGCUCGGGCCUGGCUUCCCUGGGGCUAUGCUGUGACGGGGCAGAGUUGGGAAUAAAGGAUGUGGUCCAGGCUGAGGCUGAGUGUGCCCAUCUGUCACCCCCUGAGGAAGAAAGAGACGGCCUCAGAGAUGCUUGCGGGAUGUGGGGCCCAACGCGAGGGCCCGGUGGGCAAACCCGAGC